AUGCCGAAAUGUGACGUUAAAACGAGAUAUAUCCCAGCCACCUUCGCCUGGACCCUGCUGCUAAGCACCACCUUCCUGUUCUUCUGGUACCCAUGUCGCCAGUUUUACAUCCAACGGCAUCCAUGGGUACCGGCGUACCAGGCCGUCAUCACGUUCUUCGUCAUAGCCAACUUUACGCUGGCAACGUUUAUGGACCCAGGCGUUAUCCCGAAGGCACCACCGGACGAAGAUCGAGAGGACGAAUUCCGUGCGCCACUGUACAAAAAUGCCGAAAUUAAUGGUAUUACGGUGCGAAUGAAAUGGUGCGUCACGUGUAAAUUCUACCGACCGCCACGCUGCUCCCAUUGCUCCGUGUGCAAUCACUGCAUCGAGACGUUCGAUCAUCACUGCCCUUGGGUGAACAACUGCAUCGGACGGCGUAACUAUCGGUUCUUCUUCUUCUUCCUCAUCUCGCUUUCGGUGCACAUGCUGAGCAUAUUUUCACUCUCGCUCGUGUACGUGCUGCACAAGGAAAAGGACAAGCUGACCGAGGUGGAACCAAUCGUGGCCAUGAUUUUGAUGGCCAUCGUGACGCUGCUCGCCAUUCCGAUAUUCGGACUGACCGGUUUCCAUAUGGUGCUGGUUUCGCGCGGUCGCACCACAAACGAGCAGGUGACCGGAAAGUUUAAGGGCGGUUACAAUCCAUUUUCGCGCGGCUGCUGGAACAACUGUUGCUACACCCAGUGCGGACCACAGUACCCGAGCUUGCUCAAACCACAAAAGUACGUGGCCCGCCGUUCGAACAAGGAAAACCAAUCGAUCAGCACCAUCACCAAUGACGGUGGUCCCGGCGGUGGUGGUGGUGGUAAUGAUGCUGCCGGUUCGGGCCGCCGGCAUAUGCCGAACAGCGGUCCCGGCACUCAGCAACAGCAGCAGCAGCAACAGCAGGCAUUGAAUCAGGGCGGUGGCAUCUACGAUAAUAACCGGCACACGCAGGUAAAAACCUAUAUGGAUCAUGGAAAUGGUCACGGUAUACGUACAGUUGGAUCCAGUCAUUACAGUAAGUCCGCGACGGAUUACGUGCAUCUCGUUUCAUCCCAUUCCGUCUCGCUAAAGGCACUCGCGCAAGGCACCGCUGACGAGCUGUCACCGGGCCGCGAAUGCUCCGACAUCGAUAUGGAACCGCAGGCGUCCCAGAGCCGGGACUGCGAACCGACCCCUCCGCUGCAGCGUCACGGGUCGAAGAGCAACUUCUUCCUGCCACCGCUGGACGGUCCACCGGUCGGUAUGGCGUCGCAGGUAGGCAGCGGGGGCGACUCGCCCCGUCAGCAGCAGCAGCAGCAGCAUAUGCGGAUGUACCAUCCGCGGCAUAGUCCGCAUCCACGGCAGCGGGGACUCGAUCCGUCGCGCAGCUUCACCCCGGAGGGUCUGUCACCUGACCACCCCGGAGGUCCCGGCGGUCCACCACCGAUGAUCACGAUACAGUCACAGCAGCAGCAGCAGCAGCAGCAACAGCAACAGAGUGGUGGCCCCCGUGGAGGAGUACCGCCAUCCUCGGCAACACCGACCAUGCAGCAACGCAUCAAGGCGCUCGGAGUCGCCACACCGCUAGCCAUGUCCAGUCCUGUCCGAAGAUCGAACCCAGGCACACCGACGCAACCGAGGAGGCCCGAUUUCAUCAGCGUUGGCCAACCGUCCCAGCUGCAGCAACAGCAGCUUGGUGGCAGUGGCAGCAUGACCGGCAACUACUACGACUUCCCCCUGCAACCUCAACAGCAGCAGCAGCAGCAACAGCAGCUUCCACCACAGACGAUGGCACUGCACCAGACAUCAGGUCUUCCCCCACAACAUCCUUACCAUCAGCAGCAGCAGCAGCAGCAGCAGCAGCAGCAAUACCCGAUGGUACAUCAUAACGGUGGGCUAGCCGGACCGGGCGGGCAAACGGCCCAGCAGCAACCACUCCGGGGCGGCAACUCUGGCCCUUCGGUCGUCUAUCAUCACGGUAGCCCGCAGCGGCGCUACCUGUCCGAGGGUGAGCUGGUCCGGCAGGGUGCCGAGCUGUCCUACGCCCGCAACAACCAGACAUCGGACAACAUCCGGGAGCUUGCCGGCAGUCCGCAGCGCGGUGUCUACCUCUGGAAGGACACGUCGCCCGGCUUCAAUCAACCGAACGGUGGUCAGCAGCCGUCCGUCUCGGUCUACCAGAACACACCCAGUCCAACAGCAUCGCAUCAGCAGCAGCAGCAACAACCGAUGCCCCAAUCGAUGGCACCCUUCGGUACGGUGAGCGCCGCCCGGUAUCAGCUCCAGCAGCAGCAGCAGAACAGUCUCGCGAACAGCACCAUCGGUGGUGGUCUCGGUGGUGGAGGCGGUCUCGCCAGCUACCAUCCCGCACUGCGCGGCGGUGUGCCGGUCUUCCCGCCCCAACCACCGCUCCAGCAGCAGCAGCAGCAACAGCAGCAGCAGCUACUAGGCCAACACCCGCAGCAGUCCCAGCAGCAGCAGCAGUCCGGUGUCGGAUUGAACGGUCCGGGCGUGACCGGUCCACAGGCACCGUCCCCGUCAAUCAAGCGCAAAGCCACCCCCACCCGGCCCAUGUCGUUCGUGCGCGCACUGGAGAUGACCGACUCCAUGGAGAUGGGCGGCGGCGUUGGAGCGGGCGUUGCACCGGGUGAUUCGGCACAGCAGGGCGGUGGAGUGUUGCGUGGUGCAACAACGAACAACAACACCUCCACCACCACCACCACCACCUCCCCGCCCGAUCAGCGGGCCAGCGUGUACGAUAUGAAUUACGAGAUUUCAGUGUAG